CUUUUUGUUUUUCUUAAUUACUAAACCUAACUUUAAUCUUUUUUACUCAACCAGACACACAUUAACUUAAUAAAAGAUUUCUUUUCUAGUCUUCAAAGGUUUCAAUACUAUUGAAUACAAAACUGCAACUUGAUAUUCGUAAACACGUAACGAGAUAUUCAUUCGCGUAACAGCGUUUCACAGUAAUCUUUAAAGAAUCUCUUCAUAGAACAGUUAGUAACGUACACAGCGUACGCUCACUGACUCUCUUUGUUUAUUUGAAAUCAAAAGAAUUUUUUGUUUACCACCGUCAUCUAAUGAGACAGCGGAUGCAUUCUUUGUUAUUUAUCGAGAUGAAGCCGACGUUUCUUCCCAUUGUCCCGGCGACGCGGCGCGAAACAACUUCGCAAAAAAUGUAUUUAGUCUCUCGAACAGAAACUUUUGCGAAAUUAUUUUUCAUAGUCAGCUUUACUGGGCUAUUCAUGUACGUUGCGCUUGCCUUUUAUUCAUUUCACACUGCGUACACGACCGUGUCUCAAGUGGGGAAGGAUCAAGAUAGUUCCAGCGAACAUGACGACUCCGACCGGUUCGAUAAAGACCUCAAAUAUAUUUUGCUAUGGACAGACAAAAGCCUGAAGGAGCACGUUAAUUUGGAAGGACAAAGCCCUUUUAUCGAGAACGGAUGUUCAGAAAUCAACUGCUAUAUAACAACGAAUAGAACAAUUCUAAACCAAGACGUUAGAAACUUCGAUGCUGUUAUAUUCAACAUUAGUCUUCUACUGAACUGGAGUCGUUGGCCUAUACACCUGCCCAAAGGCAGGUCGCAGCGACAAAAAUACGUAUUUUACGGCAUGGAGGCGUCAGACGAUCAUCCAAUAUGCAAUUUAUUAGUGGACAACUUCUUUAACUGGACAUGGAGUUACAAAUUCCACUCGGAUAUCUUCACCCCUUUUAUCGAAGUAAAGGACAUGAAAGGAAAAGUUGUUGCACCAAAUUCUAAUGUUUUAUGGUCAAAUUCCUUAACAAGAACGACGAAUAGUGUGAUAAAUGUGACGAAAACGAGAGCUGUAGCGUGGAUUAUGGACAAAUGUGAAAUUUUAUCGAACAAAAUGCUGUCGAUAUUGAAGUUGAAGCAAGCACUGAAGGAUCAUAAUUUGUAUUUGGACAUUUAUGGAUGUGGCCACUUUCAGUGUCCUCAAGAAGAUUGUAAGAAGAUGUUGCAAAGAGAUUAUUAUUUUUAUUUAGCGAUUGAAGGCGCUAUAUCGGAAGAUUUUGUGAGUACUGAAGUGUUGAAAGCUUACGAUAAUGAUGUGGUGCCUAUAGUUGUGGGUGGUGCUGAUUACAUCAAGUUCCUCCCAGACAAUUCAUACAUCAAUUUCCAAUAUUACACAGAAGAAAAACUCGCUGCGUAUCUAGAUUACACAAUUCGCAAUCCGUCUUUAUAUAAGGAAUAUUUUACAUGGAAAAAGUUUUACACAAUACGUAAAGCAAACACUUUCAACGGCUACUGCCAGCUCUGUAAGUUGCUGAAUGAUAAGAAGAAAUUUAAUAGUUUUAGUUCGUAUGCUGAUUUCAGAAAAUGGUGGUUUACCGGGUCGUUAAAAAAUAAGUGCAUUCCAAAAGGCGCUGAAAGAUAUACCGAUUUAUUAGGGUACCUGAAUGAUUCAAGUCGAAUUGGAUAAAUAGUUGAUUUGAUGAUGGAAUGUUCUAUUGCUAGAGUAUUUAUAUUAGAAUUAUAUAAUAGCUUUCGUAAGGUAAAUUUGGAAGUGUAGCGUAUUUAUCGCUAAUCUCGACUACUUUCGGACUUUAAGAGUCCUUAAUAUUGAGCUGAUGUGAUGGCAGAGGGUCGAGUCGAAUUGAAAACGAAAUUACAUAGUUCUAAUUGGAAUAAAAAACUGACUGAUAAACAUUUUAUAACGUUCCAAAAUAUUUGAUCUCUGCAUUAUAUGUCUAUUUGCAAAUUAAAAUUUAGUAAUACAUCAAAAAAAAAUUGUUCUGUUUAAGAAAAAUAAGUUUUUGUUUGUAGAUUUGAUGAACGAAUCUAUUAUUUGAUAGUAGGAAUUUUAUUUGUUAAAUGGCAUAUAAUAAUAUAAUCCCAGCCUUAUAUUCCGUCCCACUGCUGGGCACAGACCCAUUUGACAUUUGAUUUGAUCAUCAUGCUAGCUUUCUGCGGAAUGUCUAUUCCAGAUUCAAUUGCAAUUGCCUGCCGAUGUUAUGAUUUUAUACUUAAAUCUUUUAAGAAUGUACAUAUAACAAUUAAUUACAUGUCAUAAUAAAAUAAAUGAUUAUUGAUAACUUCCUGAAUUACGUUUUAUUUACCUAUUACAAAUCUGAUGAAAAUGCAUAAAUAGCAUUUAACGGUCGAAAUUUAACUUUGACAAAAAGUUAAUAGAACAAUACAGUGCAAACGCACAGCGAAAUACUUCCCUUAGCUUUCUAGCCGGAUUUAUUAGUGUAAGAAGAGAGCGAUAGUCAAUUAAGAAAGUCCCUUACCUGAGUAUUCUGUUGCCUUAGGUUCUCAGAGCAAA